UAAACUCUCUACACUAUAAUAUAUAUAUAUAUACACACCAAAAUACAAUUCAGCCUUCCCUUUUCUACAUACAUACAUAUGCUCACCUGGGUCCUCCCCCACCCUGCCUGCCUGCUUCUUUCCUUUCCUUUCACCGCCAUACACAACAUAUUCCCCAGAAUCUUCUCUUUCCCAAUCCACCGCAAGUGGGUUGCUGUUUUCUUCCCUCUCUAAGAUUCUUCGACCAGAAAAAAAGUGUGAGACUGAAGGAGAAGAAAUCUCAAUUAUGUGUGUUCAAGAUGCCGAGCAGGUGAGUGAGGGGAUGGAAGACAUGAGCCUCCCCGGUAGGGAUGAUAGUCAUGAGCCUCUGCAGUCAACUCAUCCUGAUUUUCCGGGCGGCAAGGCUUUGGAUUCUGUUGAUUUGAUGGGGAGGAAAGGGUUUCCUCUCGAGAGCAUUUCUGAAGAUUCUGCUGCCGCAGACAGACGCCAGAUGAUGAAUAGCUUCGUCCCUGUCCUCAGGUCCGGGGAGUGUUCCGACAUCGGAGGUCGAUCAGACAUGGAGGAUACUCAUAUUUGCAUCCCCGACUUGGCUAUGAACUUCGGCUACACAUCUCGUUGCGAAGAAGUCGUAUCCUUCUACGGUGUGUUUGAUGGACACGGUGGGAAAGGCGCAGCGCAGUUUGUACGCGACCACUUGCCGAGGAUCAUUGUCGAGGACGCGUAUUUUCCGGUGGAGCUCGAGAAGGCAGUGACGAGAUCUUUCAUGGAGGCUGAUGCUGCAUUCGCUCGAUCUUGUUUACUCGAAUCUACAUUGUCGUCCGGCACGACGGCGUUGACCGCAAUGAUAUUCGGACGGUCGUUGCUUGUAGCGAACGCGGGAGAUUGCCGAGCUGUCCUGUCCCGUCGAGGCGUCGCAAUCGAAAUGUCCGAAGAUCACAGGCCGUGUUGCACGAACGAAAAGAUAAGAAUCGAGUCGCUAGGCGGGUACGUCGACGAUGGGUAUUUGAACGGCCAAUUGAACGUGACACGGGCUUUAGGCGAUUGGCACAUAAAGGGCCUGAAGGAAUGGGGAAAUGCCGGGCCUUUGAGCGCAGAGCCGGAGCUGAAACUUACGACAUUGACGAACGAAGACGAGUUCUUGAUAAUCGGGAGCGACGGGAUAUGGGAGGUGUUCAGAAGCCAGAACGCCGUCGACUUUGCGAGGAGGAAACUUCAGGAGCACAACAAUGUGAAGCUCUGCUGUAAGGAAAUCAUAAUCGAAGCAAAAAAACGCGGGGCUAUGGAUAAUCUGACGGUGGUCAUCGUGUGUUUCAAUUCCGAGCCACCGCCUCCUGCCGCCGCAGCGCCGAGGUCGCGCGUGAGAAGGUGCAUAUCGGCGGAAGGGCUGCAGAACCUCAAAUCCGCGCUGCAUUGUUGAUUUUCUUGUUGUCGUUGUUGUUGUUGUCCGAGCUUUGGACAUUGUCUCUUGACGGGUGAUUUAAGGAGGUAAUAAUUCGAGCGCCGGAGGAGGAUGUAUAUCGACGGAUAGAAUUGAUCGGCGCAUUCUUACUACAUUUAAGGUAUCCGUAGUUCGGUCGUUUGGUCGUUUCGAUAUGUCGAAUGGAGACAAGAAAUGUGUGUAUACGUUACUUACAUACAUACAUACAUACACUGAAUUCGAUUGUUUGCCGUAUGGCCAAUUUUCUCAACCCAUUUUUUUUAUGGUUUCUACAACAUCGUAUGUAUGUAUGUAUAUACUUAUGUUCUUACUGAGAUCAUUCUUUAGUACUAA